AUGAGUAAUGUAACUAGUGAUAGAGACAUCAAUAUGGAUAAGAAUUGGAUGAAAGAAACUACUCGAUCUUCCGAGCUAUAUCGAAAAGGUGUUGAAGAAUUCUUGAGAAUGGCACGUAGAUGUGUGGAUGCAUAUAAUAUGGUGAGGUGUCCAUGUCGUGAUUACACAAAUCGAUAUUAUAAGCAUAUUAAAAUGGUUGAGCUUCACUUGUUUCUUUACGGAAUUGAUCAGACAUAUACUCGAUGGUUAUUUCAUGGGGAAGAUUUGUAUAGGGUGAACGCGACUGCCAACUUGCACACUGAUAUGAAUGCAAUGAUAGAGGAGAUUGAUGGGGUUGAAGAAUUGUUAGGCGAUAUCCGUAUGGGGACAUUUGUGGAUGCUAACAUAGGUGAAUCCUCUACUACUUGGGGUCCAAGGACUGACAAUCAUAAACAGAGAACCUCUUUUGAUCGAAUGUGGAAAAAUGGCAUGUGUGAACUUUAUCCAGGCUGUAAGAAAUCGUCAAAAAUUGCUUUCAUUUUGAAGAUGCUUCAUAUAAAGAUGAUUUGCAACAUGACUGACAAGGCAUUCGAUAUGGUGCUUGACUUGAUUAAGGGGGUCCUUCCAAAUGGAGAGACAUUGCCAUGCUCGUACAGAGAAGCAAAGCUGUUUACUCGAGACUUGGGUUUCGGUUAUGACUCUAUACAUGCAUGCAAGAAUGAUUGUGCGCUUUUCUGGAAGGAACACGCUAAUAAAGAAAAAUGCCCAAAAUGCGACACUUCAAGAUGGAGUUGUGUGAAAGGUACUGGUAAGAAAAUUCCACAAAAGGUUUUGCAGUAUUUCCCAAUAAAACCAAGGUUGCAAAGAUUGUUUAUAUCAAAAGAUACAGCCAAACAAAUGAGGUGGCACAAAGAUGAAAGAAAAGAUGACGGCAACAUUUUAGGACACCCAGUUGAUGCUAUUGUGUGGAAAAAGUUUGAUGAAGAACAUGAAUGGUUUGCUCGUGAUUCUCGCAACGUGCGACUUGGUUUGGCAAGUGAUGGUUUCAACCCAUUUGGUAAUAUGAGUACAACAUAUAGCAUAUGGCCAGUUGUAUUAAUGCCGUACAAUUUACCUCCGUGGCGGUGUAUGAAGGCUCCAAAUAUGAUAUUGUCCUUACUUAUCCCGGGACCCACGGCACCUGGAAAUGAAAUUGAUGUCUAUUUGCGGCCGUUGGUUGAUGAUUUGCAGGAAUUAUGGAAUGAAGGUGUAAGCACUUACGAUGCAUUGGCGAAAGAGACAUUUCAGUUGCAUACGGCAUUACUGUGGACUAUAAACGACUAUCCAGCAUAUGCAAACUUGUCUGGGUGGUCUACGAAGGGAAAACUUGCGUGUCCGAGGUGUAACAAGGAUACAACAUUCAAGCGGUUAAAGUACGGGCAUAAGUAUUGCUACAUGGGUCAUCGUAGGUGGCUUCCUCAGGAUCAUGUAUGGCGCAAAAACAAAAAAUUGUUCGACGGUAAUGAGGAGCAUAAAUUGGAACCUGAAGAAAUGUCUAGGGAUCAAUUGUUGCAACAACUAAUGCAGGUUGAAGGUGUGCAGUUGGGAAAAGGUGGGAAAAAAAGAAAUCGCGAAGAUGAAGAGUUGAAUUGGACGAAGAAGAGUAUUUUCUUUAAGUUGCCUUAUUGGUCAAAAUUGAAACUGCGACACAAUUUAGAUGUCAUGCACUUUGAGAAGAACAUAUGUGAUAGUGUCUUAGGUACUUUGAUGAAUAUUGAUGGGAAGACAAAGGACACCGCCAAAGCACGAAAAGAUUUACGUGAGAUAGGUAUACGUAGAGAAUUGCACUUGCAAAAAGUUGGUGCAAGAGUUAAGAUGCCACUUGCGAAGUACACCUUGACCAAGGAUGAUAAGAAAAAGUUAUGUGACUGGCUAAAAUGUGUGAAGUUUCCUAACGCGUAUGCGUCUAACAUUGGUCAGUGUGUAAACAAGCUUCCUGGUAAGCUUUCAGGAAUGAAAAGUCACGAUUGUCAUGUCUUCAUACAACGCUUACUUCCUAUUGCAAUCCGUGGAAAUUUAACUCCCGAAAUACGUACAACAUUGAAUGAAUUGAGUGAUUUUUUUAAGAAAUUAUGUGCACGGACAUUGAAAGUAGAUGUCUUGAAGCAAAUGAAGACUGACAUUGUUGUGAUUCUAUGCAAGUUGGAACAGAUAUUUCCACCCGCAUUUUUUGAUAUUAUGGUUCAUCCAGCACUUCAUUUACCUCGAGAGGCUGAACUCGGUGGACCAGUACAAUAUCGUUGGAUGUAUCCAAUUGAAAGGACGCUUGGUAAAUAUAAGAGGUAUGUGCGGAAUAGAGCGCGUCCGGAGGGUUCAAUUACUGAGGGUUAUUUAGUAGAUGAGUGUUUGACCUUUUGUUCCAUGUGGAUGUGUUGGAUUGAGAUGAGAUGGAACCGUGAAGAAAGAAAUGCUGACGGCUGCCUAGAAGAAGCUCACAAAGGCUUGGAUGUGUUCUCUCAACGAGUUCGACCAUUAGGUGCACCAAAAUAUGUUACACUUGAAGAUGACAUUUUUGAAAGGGCCAAGUGGUAUGUGCUUAGCAACUGUAAGGAAACAGUUUCGUACUUGCGUGAACACUAUCAAAUUAUUCAAAGCGAAGGCUGCCAUGACAUUCAAAAGAAGCAUGAAGCCAAUUUUUCACGUUGGUUUCGAGAUCAUAUAUAUAGUAAUGGGCGUAAUGCAGAAAAUGUCCCAAAAGAAUUAUAUAACCUUGCAUGUGGGCCUGAUCGUCAAGUUAGAUCGUAUAGAGGUUGCAUUGUGAAUGGGGUUAGGUUCCACACAAAAGAAUGUGCACAAACUCGUACUACCCAGAAUAGUGGAGUUGUUGUUCGAGGUGGGUACGACACGUCGAACAAUGAGUAUUAUGGGGAGUUGAAGAACGUUAUUGAGUUACGUUACAUUGGCAGAAAUUUCGUGUAUCUAUUUGACUGCGAUUGGUGA